AUGGCACUACUUUUACUUCUAGCUGCCAUAGCUGGACUAUCUGACGCCCAGACUGACUGCUCGCGAGGAGCUUGUUACCCACGUAGCAGCGACCUACUUGUGGGUCGGGCUGAUCAGCUCCAUGCCUCAUCAACAUGCGGGCUGACAGACGCCGAAGUGUACUGCACACCUUACCAACUGGGGAGGAUGAAGUGCUGUCCAUGUGACUCCAGAAACCCAGAUGGGCCAUUGGCCCACACUAUGAAGGAAGUACUCUCAACUGCUGGGCCAGAAAGAUGGUGGCAGUCCAUCAAAGAGUUGGCUCCAGUAACAUUUCAAUUGGACCUGAACAAUCUCUUCAAGCUUGACAACCUGAUCCUUCACUUCAAGGGGCCUCGUCCCAAUGCCUUGGUUGUAGAGAAGUCAAUGGAUAAUGGCAGAACAUGGCAACCUGCCCUCUACCUAGCUACAGACUGCCAGAGAUCAUUUCCAGGAGUCUCUACAGCUACUCCCCUUUCAUUGGACCAGAUAUAUUGUAAUACUCUGCCCCCUACUGGAGCCAAUCCAUUCCAAGAUCAUAUGAUCGAGUUCAGUCCAUCGCAGCAAUAUUCUUAUGUUCCAGAUCCCAGUAGCCCAAAGAUGAAAGAUGUGACUGGCUUGACGGGUUUGAGGGUAACCCUGGCUGAGUUGGGCGAUGUGCCACGACAACCAGGCAGAGCGCUCAGUAGGUUUUUUGCCUUGAAAGAGAUGAAAGUGAUGGGAAGUUGCAUGUGUCACGGACAUGCCAGUCACUGUUUACUGGAGGCCGUCAACAAGGUGAGCCCACAGUGUGACUGUCAGCAUAACACUGCUGGUGUGAACUGUGAGCGCUGUGAUGAUCUCUACAAUGAUCUACCCUGGAGACCUGCGGAGGAGGGCGCCACUCACACCUGCCAACGUUGUGAGUGUAACGAGCAUGCCCAGAGCUGUCAUUUUGACCCAGCUGUGUAUGAAGCCAGUGGUCGAAGGAGUGGAGGUGUGUGUGACGGAUGUUUGCACCACACUAUGGGACCAAAGUGUGACCAGUGUGUCCCCGGAUACCAGCUGAAUCCUAACAGUCAGAUUGAUCGUCCAGAUGCUUGUAUACGUUGUGUUUGCAGUGCUGAAGGAACAGUGAAUGGGGGACGAUGUGAUGACAACACAGGCUUAUGUCAGUGUAAAGUGAAUGUGGAAGGCCCACGCUGCGAUCAGUGCAAAAGAGGCUAUUAUGGGCUUUCUGCGUCCAAUCCUAUGGGUUGCUCGAAGUGUUCCUGUUCUCCAGAAGGAUCAUUUUCAGAUAUUUGUGAUUCAGUGACUGGUCAGUGUCCUUGUCGGCCACACUUCCACGGCCAGAAUUGUGAAGCGUGUGCUAGAGGCUACUGGAAACCUCCACAGUUACAGCGCUGUGAACUUUGCAGCUGUGACCCAACCAAGUCCCUCAGCGAUACUUGCGACCAGUUGACAGGUCAGUGCCAGUGCAGACCUGGCUUUGGAGGCCGAACAUGUACUGAUUGCUCAGACAACAUGUACGGAGACCCUCUCAUUGGCUGCAAGCCUUGUCUCUGUGACCCUGAAGGCACACAAGUUUGUGACAAACAGACAGGAAGCUGUUUGUGUCGCCCAGGCAUCACAGGGGCUAGAUGUGACUCAUGCAGUAGAGGACACUGCGAGUCUUUCCCUGCUUGCAAAGCGUGUCCUUCUUGCUUCUUCUCCUUGGAUACACGACGACAAGGCCUCAGUUCAGCCAUGCAGAGAUUCAUCCCCCAAAUCCCAUCUCGUCCUGGAGGUUCUGGUGACCUUGGAAAUUUGGAGCCUCGCAUCCGAGACCUGGAGCAUCGCCUUAAUUCGAUUCAGAACUCGGUCUCCCUUCCUCCAAGUUCUGCACAGAAGAUUGAUGAUGCUCAGUCCAAACUCGACAAAUUAAGGGACCAAGUGGAUAAGGUAGACAAUGACCUCAAUCCUCUGACACAAAAACCUGAUAUGAACAAGGAGCUUGACAAACUUCAGGACUUGUUGGGCAACCUAAGCGGAGACUACAAUGUCAAGAAAGACGCCAUGAAAAACACAAUUAAUCCCAACAAUGCAGGAGAUUUCUCUACCAUCAAAAAUGCCUAUGACGAGUCUACAGAUGCAGCCAAGAAAGUAAAUACCAGCACAAACACAGUAAAGGAGUCAGCUGAUCUCAGAGAAGAUAUUUUAGAUUUCCAGGAAAAAGAAUAUCCAAACAACACUAGGGAUCUCAAAAAACUAAAUCAGAACAUGGCAUCCCGCCCAGACCUCACUCCUGCUGCAAAAAAGGUCUGUGGCAGUGUUCGGUCUAAACCCUGUACCCCGCUCAUGUGUGAGGGUGAUGACUUGUGUCCACCAGAGGGAUCAUUGCCCUGUGAGAAGGGAUCAAAAUGUGUUGGUGCCUUGCCUUUGGGCAAGAGGGCAGAUGCUGACGUGAAGGAUGUGAAAGAUCGUUUGGAAAAUCUCAGCAACAAGAUUACGGAGGCUGCAGAAAAGCUUCAAGACACACAAGACGACACCAAUGACAUACGAGAGUCAACUGAGGAUCUGUCCAACAAGAUAAGGCAGACCAAAGGCGACCUAGAAGAUGACUUGAAAGAGGCACAGGAUGUUGUAAAGGAGCUCAAAGACUUCCUGUCAGAUCCAUCAUCCAACCUGACCCACAUUCAAGAUGUGAGUGACUGGAUCCUGAAAUCCAAAAUGCCUUUGACCCCUGCUUCAUUAAAGAAGAAGCUGGAUGAGCUGAAAAAUCUCGCCAAAAACCUACCAGACAGUACAUCCAUUUUAAAUGAGUCAGCACCACCGUUGGAUGCGGCCAGAAAACUGUUGCAGGAGGCCGAAGAUACCAGGGACACGGCACAAGGGGUGAAGGAUGAUGUGGAUGAACUACUGGCAGGUUUUGACACAGUAGAAGAAUCCCUCUCUGACAUGGAGGACAAACUGCAGGACAGCAUGGAUUCCAUAGACGACUUGAACAGAACACUUACUGAGGCCAAAAAUCAAUUGAACCCAGCAGAGAAAACUCUGGAUGAUGUAUCAAAAAUUAUUGAUCCAAUUAAACCCAAACUGGAUGAGCUCAAAGACUUGCUCCAGAAUGGAGUCCAACAGGCUGAGGAUACACAAGAUACUGCAACUGAAGCUGAGGAAGAAGCUAUUGCUGCUAAUAAGGACCUGCCGUUAGUGCAGGAGCAGUUUGAUCGUCUCAAAGACAAGGCUGCUUCUGGACCGCCUCCUGGAACAGAGGGACCAGGGGCCGAAAAGCUUGAAAAGCUAAAGAAGGAUGCUGGGACCCUGACCAAUAAUACUGAAAGCAUGUUGAAUACAUUGGAAGGAAAAGCAGAUUCAUUGAAAAAGUUGCAGGAUGAGAUUCUUCAAAAGUCCUCAAAGCUUGAGGGACUUGAUGCCAAGCUUAAAGACCUUGUGGCAAAACUUCAAAAGAAAGCCCAUGAUUUGAGUGUAUGCCAGGGCUGA